AUGUCAGAAAAGACUCUGAAUGUGGAUCCAACAAUUUUGAUACAAAAGAUCAUCAGGGAAAAUGCCUACUUGACAGACCUAGACAAUAAGCUAGAUUAUGAUGAAUUGCAUAAUCCACUAAACGUAGAGGAGACGUAAUCUUAACUAGUGGAUUCAAUCUUUGGAAGCUGCAAUGUUAAAUCUCAGAAAGGUACCAUAUGCGAUGCUAGGAUUAUAGCAAGCAAAAUGAUUAGUUCAUCCGGAAAUGCUAGACCUACUUCGAAUCAACAAUAUGGCUCUUUAUUUAGAAGUGGAAUUUCUAAUUACACAGUUUCAGACGAAGAUGAAAUCGAAAACAAUUCACAAGAGAUCAAAGAUCCAUAACAAGUGAAAUCUUAGAUUGAGAUAGAUGCAAUUCAUUACCUCAAACCUCCAGAAUUGAAAAAUCUAAAUAAUUUAGUAUCAUAUGAAGACUUGAUGCAAAAAUGCCAACAAUUUGAAUUAAGCUUGGAUGUAGAAAGAAAAAAAAAUCAAGAAUUAAAUGAUAUAAUUCUGGCCUAAAAUGAGAGAAUAUAGGAAUUGACAGAAAUAGAAAAGGCAGCUUACGAGCAAAUGGAUGGAAGACUGUAGGAAAUUUCUGAAUUGUAGGCCAAAAAUAUUUUGUUAGAAGGACAAUUGUAGGAGUUAAAGGAGAGUCAAGAAAAGGAAUUAAGGAUUCAUGGAUUAGAACAAUACUUCACAAAUGAAUGCGAUGCUAUGUAUUUUAGUGUGUUAUACUUGUUAGAAAUAAAGGAAAAACAGAUCUAAUUAUUGCAAGGCCAAUUGAGUAGUCUUAGAGCUGCUACUUAGUAUAGAUCUUAAGGGAGCUAUCACAGUGCUUAGAGUCAUGAGAAUAUUUAAGACAGCAAAGUAGUCAAUCACAUCAUUAACAACACUAAUAAUAAUUAGAUUAUCAUAAAAAAUGAAAUAUUCUAAAAAGGAAUGGUUUAAUUGCUUUAAAAACCAAAAACAUAAACACCCAAAAAAUAAUAAAUAAUUAAUUAGGAUUCCUAAUCCACUCAAAGAUCUAAGAAAGGGUUGAAUCACAACAAACAAAAUUCAAAAGAUUCGAUCACCCAACCAACUUCAUGGCUGGAUCAUCUCCAAAAAAAGAAUGACGAAAAACUCAAAAAGUUGCAAAACCAACCCUCAGAGAAAGAAUUGCAUUAGACUAUUUUAAAUAAUUCAAUAAAUGACAAUGUCCAUAAAUAUGUGCAUGCAGAUGUGAAAAUUACUAAAGUAAAUAGCCCUGCAUUUUAAAGGAAAAAACUACUUAUUAAUUAACAACAGAUAAUGACAAUUAAGAUUAGUAAGAUUUUAUAAAGUAAAAACAGUUUAUAGAAUAAAUGA